AUGGCCAACAGGUGCAUCCUGGUUGUUCUCCUGGUGUGCUUUUGCACCACAGCUCUUUCCAAAGGCUACAACUUGCUUCGAUUCCAACAAAGAAGCAGGAAUUUGGCAAAUCAGAGGAUCCUGGGCCAGUUGAAUGCAUCCAGCACCGAUUGCCUCCAGCAAAGGAUGAACAGCACCCUCCCUAAGGAGGUGAUGAAUCCACCGCGGCUCCAGAAGGAAGAUGCUGUAUUUGUCACCUAUGAGAUGCUUCAGCAGAUCUUUGGGAUCUUCGGCAGAAAUCACACCAGUACUGGCUGGAAUGAGAUCAUCAUUGAGAAACUCCUUAUGAACAUUUAUGGGCAGAUGAUGCAGCUGGAGCCCAUCCUGGAUGAAAUAGCGGAGGAGGACAAGUUCACCUGGGCAAAUAAGACCAUCCUGAAACUGAAGAAAUACUACUUCAGUCUCGUGUGUUACCUGCAGGACAAUGAGUGCAGCAGCUGUGCCUGGGUGAUCGUCAAAAGAGAAAUCUUCAGGAACAUUUUCUUCCUUAAUAGACUUACAGAUUACCUUCCAAACUGA